AACGCCGGCAGUCACGUGGCGCGCCCACCGGGGGCGCAUCACUCUCAGAACAAAUACUCACCAUCGAAGAAAAACAAAACAACUGUUUAGAAAAACACUGGCCACAAAGAAACCUUUGCCGGUAAAAAGAUAGUUGGCUGCAUACGCGAUGAUCUUGUCGCGCGCGCCUAAAAUUUAAAAACAAAAUCUUUUUGGAGGGAACUUUUGACAGUUGACAUAAAGUUUGAGAGUGAUGCUUCGCCGGUCAGCCGGACUUUGUAAAUAGACUUGGAGACUUUUCGUGAAGUUACUGUGUGAGAUUCAAAAGAUAUCAUUACAACAAUGUAUUGAAUUUAGGGUAUUUGUUUAACAACCACUCUAAAGAAUAUCAAUACGAAACAUAUCAAAACUAAAUUAAUCAUAUCCAAAGUUAAUGUUAGUUGAAACUUAGAUUAGUGAAUCUCUUAUAGUCUUUCAUAUUUAUCAAUGUAAAUGUACUUCUUCUCAUAAAAUAAAUAUAUAGAUAAUUAAAUAAUAUACUCGUAUACCGCGAAAAACUGGUGACUACAGUCUACGCCUGUACAUCUAGAUCAGAGGCUCGGCUGUGAUUGGGCGAGAGCGGCUUACGUCGGCGGCGGUAUCGACCAAUGGCGGCGGCGGCGCUGCGCAGCCCGGGCCCGCCGCUAGAGCCUCCGCGGCGCUGCCACCGACAGACGUUGCUCGCUGCCUCGGCGACGAAUUAUGUGUUAGUGUAGUGCGGGUGCGCGUGCGCAGGAGCCAUGCAGGGGCUGCACGCCGCCAAGGACCGCGCCGCCAGCCUCUUCGCGCACAAGCCGCUCAUCACCAAGAGCAACCAGCAGUAUGAGACGUUCCACGUGGACCAGAAGGGCUACGACCAGAUGUAUGAUGGAGAGGAUCUGGAGUCACCGCCCUCCCCUGACAGACCUCCUCCACGGCAAAUAGACAAGUACGUGCGCGCGGAAUGCCGCUGCCUCAGCGCGCGCUACACGGUGGCGCUGCUGGCGUGCUUCGGCUUCAGCAUCAUGUUCGGCAUGCGCUGCAACAUGAGCAUGGCCAAGCUCAAAAUGACGGAGAAGCACAAUACAUCGCGAGGCGUCUACGAAGACACGCCCUUCAACUGGACAGUCGAAGUGGAAUCCUCCAUCGACUCCUCGUACUUCGCGGGGUACCUCAUCACGCAGGUGCCCGGCGGGUUCCUGGCCUCCAUGUAUCCGGCCAACAGGAUCUUCGGGGCGGCCAUCGCUGCGUCCGCCAUCUUUAACAUGGCCAUUCCCGGCGCCAUGUCUAUAGGGCCCACCGCUGUUGUGCUGCUGAAGAUUGCGCAGGGGUUUGUUGAGGGUGUAACCUACCCGUCCUGCCACGGCAUCUGGCGCAUGUGGGCGCCGCCCAUGGAGCGUUCGCGGCUGGCCACGCUGGCGUUCUGUGGCACGUACGCCGGCAUCGUCAUCGGCAUGCCGCUGUCCGGCCUGCUGACGGACUACAUGGCCUGGCAGGCGCCGUUCUACUUUUAUGGCGUUUCUGGAGUCAUUUGGUACGUGUGCUGGCUGUGGCUAGUGUUCGAGCGGCCCAGCAAGCACCCGUGCAUCACUGGCCGCGAGCUGGCCUACAUCGAGACGUCGCUCGGCACGGCCACGCAGGCCGCCAUGCCCGACUUCUGGUCCACGCCGUGGAAGGCCUUUGCCACUUCUCCGCCUGUGUACGCCAUCAUCGUAGCGAAUUUCUGCAGGACCUGGAACUUCUGUUUGCUCGUCAUCUUCCAGUCUUCCUACUUCAACACGAGAUUCAAUAUGCAGAUUACCGAGUCUGGCUUCGUGGGCGCCAUCCCGCACCUGAUCAUGACGUCACUGGUGCCCAUCGGCGGCAUGCUGGCCGACUACCUGCGCAAGAACAACAUCAUGACCACCACCAACGUGCGCAAGCUGUUCAACUGCGGCGGCUUCGGGCUCGAGGCUUUCUUCUUUGUGCUCGUCGCUUAUGCUAAUAAUAAGGUUGGUUUGUUUGGUAUGAGUAGGCUGACUCUCGGCGUGGCGUGUUCCGGGUUUGCCAUCUCCGGCUACAACGUCAACCACCUGGACAUCGCGCCGCGCUACGCCUCCAUCCUCAUGGGAUUAUCUAACGGCAUCGGGACUAUUGCUGGGUUCAUCGUGCCGAUUGUCAUCAACCAUAUUACCCAGGAUAAGGCUAUAACGGAGUGGCGCGAGGUGUUCAUCAUGGGCGCGACGGUGCACUUCGUGGGCAUCACCAUCUACGGCAUCUUCGCGUCCGGCGAGCUGCAGCCGUGGGCCGAGCCGCCGCCGCCCUACGAGCCGCCAGCCAAGAGCUUGGACCAUGAGACCACCUUCGUGGAGCACCCAUCAGAUCCGCUAAAAGGUUCCCACCCACCAGCGUACGGCUCCCUGAAUGCCCCCACUCGCCCCGCUCUCCCCGCUCCUCCUCAGCCCCCGCACGUCCCCAACAACCCCUUCGUCUCCGGCGCACUGUACCAGGCCGAGCCCGUGCAGCCGCCCGCGCAGACCUACCAGGACCUCACAGAUGACGGCACCUACUAGGCACAGAUGCGGGCGUUCUCUUCUGUCCAUUCUGUUCUCUUGUUCCUCUGGGACGGUUAAGUUUUCAUAGUUUAAAGGAACCGAAGCAAUGUUCGUUAAUAAUUCUCGACGUAUUCUUUGCAUGGUCGUCUGUCAUAUCCGAUACUGUUUAGUAUGUUAGCUUUUCGAAUGGAGUUUAUCGCGUAGAUAGGUGAAAUUGUUGGUCUCGUAAUGUUAGGUAUCUUGUAUGAAAUUAAUGUUAUUCUUAUGUCUCAUUUUAUGGGUUUUGCGAUGUAGUAUUGUUGACAGUUCUAGUCGUUUUCUAUGAUCUCUCAUUUACUGUGAUAUUAAUUUUACUUUCCUAGUCACAAUAUGUAAAUAAUGCUUAAGCAUAUCAUGAUCUGUUAUGUUUUUUUAUAACUUAAUUAUGUAUUACUUUAGAUACGUUUUUUUUUUGCGAAAUUUAACUGUUACGUUUUUAUUUAUUUUCAAAAUAGGAAUAAAAAUUGAAUGUAUAGUUGUUCUACUAAAAAUAAUACUAACAUAUAUUUUUAGCUAAACUUCCUUUCAUGAAACUGUUGUAAAUUACUUAUUUAUAUAAAAAUAUUCUCGACUAUUAAUGUUGCGCUGUAACGCAAAUGUUUCGAAAUGUGUAAAAUAUAUCGUAGAGAUAGUCUUAAACUUGUUUAUGUAGGGAAGAUAAGUGUCAUCGUAUUCCUUAACAAAUAUCAUUCAUUAGCAUUUCUUAGGUGACCUCGAUGCUUCAUUUAUUCUCAUUUUCAUUAAAUCUAGGUAGGUAGUACCUACUUAUUUCAGCCAUAUUUAUACCGAUAUUUUCUACUAUUUAUGGAAUUCAUAAUUGUGUUUUGUAUUUCACCUAUAAAGUAAGUUGGAUAAUAACUAUUUGCUUGAUUUACUUUUCAUAAUAAAUAGCGUGUUCGAUAUCCAUGGACAAUACACAAU